GGUAUACCUAUACCAGAAGCUGAGUGAAGCCUCCAACUGGAGGACCAGACAGUUGACAGGAUCUUGCACACUCCUCACGGGCUGGAUCAUCUCAUACUUCCACCGCAUCCACGGUUUCGACAUUGAACCUGUGUACGAUGACGCCAUGCCCAGGACCGCACGAUACGUCCUCCAAAGGGGGAAUAACACAGUGGUCCCGUAUCACGUGUACCUCGAACGCACUGUGCACAAGGACAUCCGUUGGAUGCCCUUCACUGAUUACCGCGAUGUUGUCCCAUUCGACCGCAUCGCAUUAUAUUCUGGAUGGUUGGUAUGUGGGACCAACACCAUGGUCAGGUAUCUGCCGGAGCGGUGCAUAAGGCAGUUUGGACGUGUGCAGAUGAUACCGAGGUCUUCGUUUGAGGCUGCUCCCGACACCGUUACUCGAGUGGGCCUCCCUACUAUAUUUGAGGAUUGGGCGCAUCAUUUGGUGCCUGAGGAGUAUCAGCAUAUGGUGGCCACCCAGGGGUGGCACUUAGUAGAUGAGUACGUGACAUGGUUUUAUCGGAUGUCACAUCCUUUAAUGACACCUGACACUCCCGGAGAUCCACCUAGGCCAGCACAUGAGGAGAUCUUGGAGAACUAGCAGACCGAGGAUGACCAUACCACUGAUCUGCUUCCGGUAUGCCAACAGAUAGAAAUGCUUGGGCAGGAUGCAUUUGAUAGAGGUAUCAUUGAGCAGGGCGGACUAGAGGCAGUUGCCACUAUGGAGAGGAUGGUCAGUGACGCGGCCGGUGCGGCAGCGUAUAGGAGGCACAGGAGGUCGCAGGAUGUUCGCAUUAGGCAUAGCAGUUGCCUAUUUAUUUUUUAUUCAUGACUUUUUUUAUUCGUGUUGUAUUAUUUUGACACUGAGCACU